UCCUAUUAUAUGACCACGCUAACAUUAAGCGCCGCCCCUACCAUUUAUAUUAACUCUUCUUCACCUUUUUUUACCUUAAACAUUCCUCCUUCACUUUUCCUUACCUCCUUCUUAGGUCUUUUAUUUUUUUUUUCUUUCUAGCUCUAUAAGCACAUUCGAUGGAGAAUAAUUAUUCUAUGUUGUUUCCUUGUCCACCUUCUUCGAGCUACCCAAUUUCAACGAGUGCUGUGGGAAGCUCUCAGAAUGAUUUUAGUAAUGGUCAGAGCUCUCAUGCAUUUCUGGGUUUGAAGCCUACUAAUAAUGAUAGUAGUGAUCAUAAUAAUCUGAAGUUGCUGAAGAGAGAAGAAGAUGCUAGAGAUGGCAUAUUUUCUCAGAUUAGUGGAAGCAUUAAUGCGACUGAUUCAGGCAUUAAAAAGAAAGGGGAGAAAAAGGUUAAAAAGCCUAGAUAUGCUUUUCAAACGAGGAGUCAAGUUGAUAUACUUGAUGAUGGUUAUCGAUGGAGGAAAUAUGGUCAAAAAGCUGUUAAAAACAACAAAUUCCCCAGGAGCUACUACCGGUGCACGCAUCAAGGGUGCAAUGUGAAGAAGCAAGUGCAACGCCUAACAAAAGACGAGGGGGUAGUGGUGACAACAUAUGAGGGAGUGCAUACACACCCAAUUGAGAAGACAACAGAUAACUUUGAACACAUUUUGAGUCAGAUGCAAAUAUAUACUCCCUUUUGAAGGUUCUUUUCCACAUAAAACAAUACAUCAAUCAGGGACUUCUAGUUUAGUUCCUCCUUUGAUACAAAAAUAAAAUUGUGUCCAUAGAAGUAAAAUCUAAAGUUUGUGUAAACUCUUCUUAGACAAUAUAUCUUCUUCCUUCUUUUUAUUGGAAUAUUAGGUUAUGCAAAUUCAGCUGUCCAGUUCGGUACUGCUGAAAAUAUAUA